AUGAACCGUUUACAUAUCUUAAUUUUCAUUCUUUUUACCUUUCUCUUCGUUACCGCUUUUUCAGAAGAGGAUUUAAUACCUGUCAAACAACUUACUGCUAAUCUUCUCAAAAUCAGAAAAGUUGGACACAAUAAAUUAAUUGCGGAAGUUACAUGGGAUGGAACAUUUGAAAGAGAUGAUGAACCGGUUAAAACCAAAUUUAGAUGUUUUUCUGAUGCUGUGACUGUUAAAGGUCCUAAGCAUGGUGUAUUCGGUGACCGUAAGGUCAAUUUCGAAAUAAAGGUUCACAAAAAGAAUGUCAAAGUGAAAUGUCGAUAUGGAACUAAAGAUAUUUCCUCAUUCAAGAAUGUAUUUUAUUUCCGAACUUAA